AAAAAAGACAGAAAAACGAAGAAAGAAAGCACUCUUCAACGAUCCAUAUCCUACAUGCCAGCUUCCUCUCAGCUGUUCUUCCCCAACGCGCUUCAUUCCACUUUUCAUCACCCGCUCCCCCUUCUCCCCUCUCUUUCUCUCUCGCUGUAUCUCCAUGGCCAACUCAAUGUUUUCCCUCCUCUUCUUGCUCUCGGCAGCAUUCUUCCUCCGACCGUCUUCAUCUCAGGUCUCGCAGCCAUCCAACUCAACGACAUGUAAUGGCAUCUUCAUCAACUACCAGUUCCAGAACCGGCAAAAGAUUCAUCCUUUCGUCUCCCAACUCGCCAAGCAGCCCUAUUCCUUCAGCGCCGAUCUCACCCUGCUCAACUCCGGCACCACCGAUCUCAAAGCUUGGACCGUAUUCCUUGCUUUCUCCCACAACGACAUCCUCGUCUCCAUCUCUAACGCCGUCCUCUCCGAUGGCUCCGUUCUUCCAUUUUCCACCGAACCCGAAACUCCCGUAGGGUUCUCAGGUUUCCCUAACCCCGAUCUCAAAACCCCAAUCGCUACCGCCGGCGAUCUCUCCCAGAUCCAGACCUCUGUUUCCAUCAUCGGAACCCAAUUCGGUGUUCAAAACCCAGGGAUCCCUCUGCCGUCCACAAUCUCCCUUUCAGACCCAGCCUGGACUUGUCCUAGCGCCGCCAUUAAUGGUGCGAAUAGAUCCAUCUCAACUUGCUGUAUGCCGAAUCUUGAUCCUCUGACUAACUCCACCUCGAUCGAUAACUCUACUUCUGCCGACGGAAACUUCCUUCCUCGCCGCUCCGGCGACCUCACCAUUAACUACGACGUUAUCCAAUCUUUUUCUUCAAGCUACUUGGCGCUCGUCACGAUCAAUAACGAAAGCCCCCGCGGGCGCCUCGAUAACUGGCGGCUUUCCUGGCAGUGGAUGCGCGGUGAGUUCAUAUACUCCAUUAAAGGCGCUUACACGUCUCUAGUUUCUUCCUCCGACUGUAUUUUCGGGAUGCAGGGUAAGUUUUAUAAAGAUCUAGAUUUCUCCAAGGUCGUAAAUUGUCAGAAGAUACCAACAAUUUUAGAUCUCCCAUCUUCAAUGGCUAACGACGAUAAUGUCGGCAAGAUCCCAUCUUGCUGCCGGAACGGCACCAUUCUUCCGGCAUUCAUGGACGCCUCUCAGUCCGCCUCAGCUUUUCAACUCCAGGUAUUCAAAAUGCCGCCAGACGACAACCGCACCGUUCUCAACCCUCCACAAAACUGGCAUAUUGCCGGCGUGACUUUGAACCCCGAUUACACCUGUGGCGCUCCAAUCCGCGUCGCGCCAAGCAAAUUCCCCGAUCCUAGUGGCCUCCAAUCCAACUCAUCCGCCAUAGCUUCAUGGCAAGUGGUCUGCAACAUUUCUCAGCCGAAGAACUCGAAGCCCAAGUGCUGCGUCUCCUUCUCCGCUUACUUUAACGACUCCUCCGUCCCAUGUAAGACCUGCGCUUGCGGUUGCCCGGCAUCAAGCGUUUCUCGCACAUGCAAUGCCACCGCUCCCGCUCUUCUCCUUCCUCCCGACGCCCUCCUUGUACCCUUCGACAACCGCAGCGCAAAGGCGCUGGCUUGGGCUGAGAUCAAACACUUGGCUGUUCCUAAUCCUAUGCCCUGCGGUGAUUUCUGCGGAGUGAGCGUUAAUUGGCAUAUCAAUUCUGAUUACGAGAAGGGGUGGACAGCUAGGGUUACUCUUUUCAAUUGGGAGGAAGUGAGCUUGGCCGACUGGUUCAUUGCCGUCGAGAUGCCGAAAGCUUACGAUGGCUUCGAGGCGGCAUAUUCGUUUAACGGCACGGCGGUAGGGGGUGAUACUAUUGUCAUGCGAGGGCUGCCGGGAUUGAAUUAUUUGAUGGGAGAAGUGGAUGGAUCAAAUCCGGCGAAAGACCCGAGAGUUCCCGGGAAGCAGCAGUCAGUGAUCUCGUUCACCAAGUCGAAGACCCCGGGGAUUGAUGUGCCUUCCGGCGAUGCGUAUCCUUCAAAGGUUUUCUUUAAUGGCGAUGAGUGCUCCUUGCCGGACAUGAUUCCGGCGGGUGGAGCUUCGAGGAUCGGCAGUGAAGGCAGUGUUUCCAUGGUUUUGAUUUUGGUUGCUUCUAUUUUUGUGCUGUUUGGACGAUAGGUGGAACGGUUUGGCUGAAAUGCCUAUUCUUUGGUUCUUUUGGAGCUGAGCUGUGAAUUGGGUGUAUCACUAUCACUGAGGUAGGAAAAAAAUGUGAAUUUGGUGUUUAGGGUUUGUCUCAGAGCUCAGGAUGGAGGGGAUGAAGCGGACUAGCGGGUAUGAUGUUGGUUGAUCUGCUACUUCUUUGUCUCGAAAGUUUAUGAUUUUUGUCUCGGAAAAGCUUAUGAUGGCAUAUAGUUUACAUAAUUCAGCUGAUUACCAAUUUUGUUGUA